GAAGCAGAGAGCGGUGCUCACGGCACAGCGUCCCAUCCUCACAUGAUGUCAGCUUGCAAGUGCACCAGCACGGGAUUAUAUAAAAUGAACGACCUACACUAGUUACUCAUUCGUUAGUUUGUGCUCAACACGAAUACUAAGCAACAUGCUCAAAUACGUAACGGUCUUAUGCGUAGUCGUGGCGCUAUGCGCGGGCGCACCACAACAAAACCCCCAAGAUGUACAGAUCCUGCGUUUUGAUAGCAAUGUUGAACCCGAUGGCUAUAGUUUUGCAUACGAAACCAGUGAUGGUACAUCUCGCCAGGAGGAGGGCAAACUUGAUAACCCGCAAUCUGAGAAUGCAGCCUUGACGGUCACUGGGCAGUACGCUUAUGUCGCCCCUGAUGGCAAGCACUACACCGUCACCUUCACAGCUGGUCCCAACGGUUUCCAACCCAAAACAUCCCUCGGACAGAAGAAGUAAAGCCAUAAACCAACUUUGAUCAUUGUACAUAAAAUCUAAGAUCAAAGUUUUAGGGACAACCUUUCAACAUACCUUACAAUAUCCAGUGAACACUCGAUCUCAGUUACUUCGAGCACACAGAAGGGUUUCUGCUAAAUUCUUGUGCCAUAAAAAUGCCUUUUCUAUUUUUUUAAUUUUGUAAAAUCUUUUGUGAUUUAUAUAAAUAAAUGAUUAUUACUCGA